GCUGGGGCAGCGAGAAUCCUAGCCACUGAAAUGACUUCCCCCACAUCCCCAGGUGGAGAGGGGGAGGGGAAGGAAAGCCUGUGCUCCGGAAGAGGGGUUCGGGGUGGGGAGCCGCAUCACUGAGUCACUGGGUACCCUCAGUUCAGGGGUGACCCAGUGUGGAGCGAGGAGGGGGAAGGGACGGGCCGAAGGGAUUGAGUUUCCAGGAGCACAGUUGUUAAGGCGUGGAUUUUAAGAUGAAGACCAUAGAGGUAGAUGGCAUCAAAGUGCGAAUACAGAUUUGGGACACGGCGGGGCAGGAGAGAUACCAGACCAUCACGAAGCAGUACUAUCGGCGGGCCCAGGGAAUAUUUUUAGUCUACGACAUUAGCAGCGAGCGCUCUUACCAGCACAUCAUGAAGUGGGUCAGUGAUGUGGAUGAGUAUGCACCAGAAGGUGUUCAGAAGAUCCUUAUAGGGAAUAAGGCUGAUGAAGAGCAGAAGCGGCAGGUGGGAAGGGAGCAGGGGCAGCAGCUGGCCAAGGAGUAUGGCAUGGACUUCUAUGAAACAAGUGCCUGCACCAACCUCAACAUUAAAGAGUCUUUCACGCGGCUGACGGAGCUGGUGCUGCAGGCCCACAGGAAGGAGCUGGAUGGUCUCAGGACGCGUGCCAGCCAUGAGUUGGCGUUGGCUGAGCUGGAGGAGGACGAGGGCAAACCUGAGGGCCCAGCGAACUCUUCGAAAACCUGCUGGUGCUGAGGGUCCUGUGUGGAGCACCCAGCGACCCCUCCCUCCCCACAGGAGGCCUGUGGCAGACAGGGAGUCCGGGCUUUGCCCUGCUUCUCCUCUCACUCGGGUGACCCUGUGGAAUACCAGUAGCUGCUACUCCCCUGCCUGGCCCCGAGAGCAGCCCCGCUGUCAUCUCGGAGCAGCCUCUGCCCCCUGCCCUCCAGCCUGGAGGGCCUCCCUUCUGCCGGGCUCCCCACCACAGGCCUGCCAUGAGCCCCGGUGUGCUCCGGGUGCUGUCUUGCCGCCCCAGGCUCCCCAGACAGUGGCCCCGUCUGCAGUGAGGCCACUCUAAGGCUCCUUCUUUCUCAGUGCAUCUUGUCUCCUCUCUGCUUUUCCUCUCUUCCUCCUACUUCUCUUUCUUGUCCCCUUCCCCCUUCCAGUGUGUUCUGUAUCAAAGCCCCUUGAACCUCUUUCCCUCUCUGUCCUGCUCUGUGGCUGCCAGUGCAGCUUUUUUCUUUCCUUUCUUCCUAAGCCUGUCCAAGGGAAUGGACUCAGGCUCAUGGGGAUGUUCCAUACUCUUCUUCUGGAAGAACACCCCACCCUGCUUUGUGAAGGGGCCAAAGCCUAUGGGGUGCUUCUUCCCAUCUUCCCCUCCCCGCUGUCCCUUCCUGUGGCAUGGCCUGCCCCAUCCAUGAUCUGGGAAAGUGGAACAUCAAAGUAGGAAGGAAACACCAAACUGGUGGUCCUCAAAACUGGGGCUGUCCCACCUUUUCCUGCCUGGCCUACCCCACCUCCCAGCUUUGGCCUUGCUUGGCUGCCUGCCCACCUGCCUUUUGGGGAAAGUGAGCUCAGAAGCAGGUGCUUCAGAGAAGAAAAAAAAUUGUUGAGGGGAGGCAGGGACAAAAGGUCACCCCCAUUCUCUACCUCCCAUGCAGUGUGCACAGUUUCUCCCCACCUGGGCUCCUAAAUGUAAAGAUAUGUACCAAGGCCUCAGGGCACUGCGGGGUGAGGAAAGCCUGCAAGGGGGGAGGGGGAUGGGAAUGAUGUUGACAAGCCAACCACACACCCAGGAAGGGAAAUGUUUGGAAAUGAAGGACUAGCCCCUGUAUAUCAGGUGAAAGGCAGGGAAAGGAGGCCAGAGACAGCAUUUCGCAAACCAGAGGGGAAUACGGGAGCAACUUCCCUUUCUGUGUAGGAAGGGCAUUUCCCCACAACCCCCAGGCAAGGUGACAUAACCACUGAACCCAGCCUUCAGCGCUCAAGGCUUUCCUGAGAAAGUCUGUGGGAGAAGGGCAGGGGCUUCCUGGGGAGGGAGAAAGAAGGCCCUGGGUAGAAAUGCUUGGUGCUGUUCUCUUCAGCCUUCCAGAAAAAGUGCUUAUCUUGCCCCUUUAGCUUCUUGAAGAGGAGCCAACCGCACUGUGGCCGCCGGAAGAGGGAGGGAAGCCGACUCCCUCCAGAGCUCUUUGUUCAGGAAGAAGUUUCUUUAGCCCGAUGUGGCCCAAAGGUGGCUUGAGGGAGGCGCUUUAAAGAAGGGACAAGUCAGUGAUGGGGCCUAGUGGGGUUCCUCCCCACCUGCCCGGCAUUGGAGGCUCAUUCUUAAGCUAUGUGUUAGCUGCAUCUUAUGGCUCCGGCUGGAGCUAAAACAAAAACUCAAGCCCUGAACGUUCACCAAUGGAGCUUCAAAGUCCAGGGCACACACAUGUGCAGGAUUAAGAGCCCCACUUCCUUAUUAACCCCCCCCCAAAAAAAAGGUGGGGAAAAAAUCACCAAACCUUUCCUCUGACUCUUAACAGAGUGGGAGAGGGUAGCUCAGGAUGUAGGACCAGGGACAGGCUAACAGUGGAAGGAAAAGGAGGGCGGGAAUAGUUAUAAAUUGUUAGCUGAUGAGAAACUUAGCAGACUCUUUAGGAUGAAGUUAUGACUAUGGCUGGGAUGCUUCCUUGAGGCCUGACUCCUUGGGUGUCAAGACACAGCAUCAUGCCAGGGCUGGGGCGAUGGUAAUGCCAGACCUCGGGAAGCCAGGGGCUUCAGAAAGCAGACGUGCUGGGUGCUGGCUCCAACCUGUGACCCGUGUUGCAGUAUUCCCUGAAGAUCAGGCAGAGCACCACUGCCUUUCUCUCCCAGCCCCCUCGGGACAGAGGGACUCAUUUUUAUUGUACCUAGGGGUUCUGGAAGGGAAAACACAGGGUGGAGAUUUAUGCACUAAUGAGCCCCACCCAUCAGGGCCACAGCUGGGGAGAGGUAUGGGAGGGUUGGAGCUCUAGGGUCAGCUAUGCUCACUAGGUAUUGGGAGUUGGCAUCUCACCCCUACACUUCUCCAGUCCGGAGGGUGGCCUGGGGUCUGGCCUUAGGCCCAGACUGUUGAGCAGGCGCUCCUGCCUGUUUACUCCUCACCACCUCUGCACCUGCUGUCUCGAGACUCAGCCCAGCCCCAGGCAUUUCCACCUGCUCCCAAGCCCCCACCAUCUCCCUGUGAUGGGUGAACUUCGUGUACUGUGUCUUGGGUCCAAUAUAUGAAUUGUGAGCAGGGUUCAUCUAUUUUAAACACAGAUGUUUACAAAAUAAAGAAUAUUUCAAACCA